AUGGGUCUGGCAGAUAGUUUGAAAGCCAAUGUUGAUGCUUCAGCAGGUGGAGCAUUUUUGAGCAAGACAUUCAGAGAGAGCAAGAUCCUACUUGACAAGAUGGCACAAAACUCAGAAUGGACAACAAGAAAUGCUCCAAUCACUCCUGUGGUUGAAGAAUCAGGCCAGAAGCAGCAGGAGAACAUGAAUUAUGUGGCCAACUACGGGGACCAAGACCAGGUGGUCAGAAUUGGGGUCAGCAGAAUCAACAAUACAGACCAGCUCAGUAGCAGUACAAUAACAACAAUAAUCAUGGGGCUAUGCGAUCACAGGGGCAUGGUGCCUUACCAAAGGCAACAAGGAUACAACCAGCUAAAUCAGCAGCAGGCUUAUCAACAACCCCCACAACAACAGAUUGUGAGACAGGAAGAUGGGUUUGCUAAACUUGAGGGAAUGAUACAGCAAGUGAUUGGGUCCACUGGAAAACUAGCCGACAAAGUAGAUUCACACGAGUCAGCGAUAAAGAAUAUUGAGAUCCAAUUAGGACAGAUUUCCAUGGCCCUAAAUAAUCGUCCUCAUGGGACGUUACCUGCAGAUAACCAAAUCAAUCCAAAAGAGCAGGGCCCAAAGCAACUGAUGGCAGUGAGUCUCCGAAAUGGUAGAGACUUAGAUCCGGAGCAAGAAAUUGCUCGCGAAAGCAGACUGACUGAGACACUGGUGCCAGUACCUAUUGAGAUAGAUGAUUCGGCAGGGUUAACUGAGGUGACGGUACAGACUGCGCAAGAGAACACCAACAAAGAAGAAGAGGUUGUGAAAGAGACUGGGGCUGCACCGGAACCGACAGUAGAAGCAAUGAUGAAGGACCUGAUGUCCCGCAAAUUCGACUUUCAAGACUUGGACACGGUUACACUAACUCAGACCUGCAGUGCUGUUGUGGCGAGACCCAUAGCUGAGAAGUUGUCUGACCCGGGGAGUUUCACAAUCCCUUGCACAAUAGGCAACUUUGCUUUUGCUAAGUCACUGUGUGAUCUGGGAGCAAGCACAAACCUUAUUCCCCUAGCUAUCUACAAAAGGCUAGGCAUUGGAAGAGCUAGACCCACGUCUAUGCUAUUACAGCUGGCUGACCAAACAGUGAAGAGGCCCUCUGGGAUUUUAGAUGAUGUAUUGGUGCAGAAAUCUAUGCACAGACCCAGUGAAUUUGCCAAUUGCUCUCUAAUAUAUGCGGUGGAUGUAGUGUUGGAGGAGGACGAUGAAGCAUUGAACAUUAAAGACCCUCUAGCAGCUUGUCUCGUGAACUUAGAUGAAGCUAAUGGUGAAGACUUGGCAGAGUGGGUACUUGCUCUUGAAGACCAAGGUUUUUGGAAAAGGGAUCUUGAAUUUGAGCCUUUACACUUAGAGGAAAGAAAAAUUCCUCCAGCUAAGCCGUCAAUAGAAGAGCCACCAAAGUUGGAACUGAAGCCACUACCAUCCCAUCUCAGGUUGGCGAAUCUGUACGGAUUACAAGAAGUUGAACUUGGCUACCAGGAAGGACCAUUUCCCACUGCCAUUCAUCGAUCAGAUGCUAGAUAG